UCUAUUUUACCCUGUAAUAUAGAGAUAUGGAACAACGACUGUUGCUCCAUAUCUCUAUAUUACAGGGUAAAAUUAUGGUAUUCACCAACCAUUUGGUUCUUAAAUUUACAAAGUGUGCAAAACGCUUAUUUGUCUUGGUGUGUUGGUAUGUGGCGGUCGUAUGCCUGCCAAUAGUUUCAAUGACGUUAGUUUUACGAAAUAGGUGACUUCUUAUGUCCAUGGUUACCAAAGUAAAGAAAUGGGAGACGAAAAACAUGCUGUACUUAGUUAUGCUUAUCAGAAAAAUACCACGCAAAAUACUAUUGAAAAGUUAUUAGAGUGGAAUGCUCAAAGUCAAUCUAAACAGCUCGAUUUAAGUAAAAAAAAAUUAGUAACUCUUCCAGAUAAAAUUUAUGAUCUCAAACACUUGCAGUUCGUCAGCUUGGAAGGGAAUGAAAUAGAAGUGAUACCAGAAAUAUUUUCUGUUAGUCUUUUUCAGUUGCUAUGGUUAGAUUUAAGAAACAACAAUCUUAGAUCUUUACCCAAAAGUAUCUCAAAAAUGUUCCACCUGAAGAACUUGCUUUUAGAAAACAAUAAACUUUCUUCAUUGCCUUUGGAACUUGGAUAUCUUACAAGUUUAACCGGUUUAAAUUUAUCAAACAACCCUUUAGUAUUUCCACCAAAACAUGUUAUUGAGAUUGGAGUAAAGGGCAUUUUGAAAUUUUUGCAAGAAAAGUUGCAUCAUCAAGACUCAACUGAAAACUGCCAUUUUGAUGACAAUGGCUGUAAAGAUGAAAUGAUGUAUUCAAGCCAGUUAGUUUCUUCAGAUAUUAGAGAAUCUUUUAAAAAUCAAACUUUAAAUCAUUUCUGCGAUAAUAAAAUGGUAAUAACAGAAAAAAGUAAUAAAGAAGGAGAUUUAAAUAAACAAAAAGAAAAAAUGUGUCACCAAUCAAAUCAGCAAACAUUAUCAAAGAAGAAAAAGAACUUAAAUUAUAAAGAAAUAAUGAAAUUCUUAAUAAUUGGCGUACAAAGAAAAAAGUAAAGCGAAAAGAAAUUCAAACUUUGACAUCAACUAUCAAGAUAAACAUACCAUACAGUAAUGAUCUUCCUUCCAAAUCUUCAAAAAGCACUGUAAGUUAUAAAGAAGCAAAUGAAUUAUUCAAAAUUAAAAUUAACUCAAAUUCUUCGCACAAUCCGAUAGAACAGCAAGUUCACGAGCAUGUUAAAAAAUUAAAACUCAGUAAUCAAAAUGCAUGUUUACUUGAUGCUAAUGAAGCAUUGAAGCGUGCAGAAGAUAACCUAAAUGAGGUUUUGAAUCUUCAAAAAGAACUAGAAAAAAACCGCUCGUUAGAUUACAGAUUUAAAGCUUUUUUUACCUGAUCUCAAGGGAUUACCAUUUGUAUUUUUAUGUGAUUAUUAAAAUGUGUAUACAAGUAGCUUGAAGAUAAAGUGUAUGAAAUUUGUGUGUGUAUGUGUGUGUGUGUAAAGUUUUUUUGAGUUAUUUAUUUCUUAUUAUAUUUAUAUUCAAAAUUAACUAUAGUAAUUUAUAAGUUAUACAUCAAUAAUAUA